AUGAAGGAAAAUGACUCACCAACGGCCUACAUCCUUUCAAGGCAUGUAGUUUCACAAAAUAGCUCAACCCCAUUGACAGUGAAUGGAGUUCUGGGGGAGUCAGUAACUCUUACCUUGAAGUUUCCUGAAGGAAAGAAGGUUCAUGCCAUCACCUGGCUUUGCAAUGGAACAUCUAUCGCCUUCAUAAAGCCAGAUGAAACCAAAAGUCCAACCAUCCAUGUGACCAAUCCAAAAUGGGCAGAGCGACUGAGCUUCACCCCAUCCUACUCCUUGCAUCUCAGCAACCUGACAGUGGCAGACACAGGAUCUUACAGCGCCCAGAUAACCACAGAGACCUCUAUGAUAGUUUCCAGCUACACUCUGAGGAUCUUCGAAAAGUUGAGGAGCAUACACAUUACGAGCCACAGUGAACUAUCUGGGAAUAGGACCUGCGAGAUCCACCUGACCUGCUCUGUGGAGAAUCCAAAUGACAAUGUCUCAUUCAGGUGGCAGGCCUCAGGAGGCAUACUUCUAAGUGAACCAAACCUCACUAUCUCCUGGGACCCUCAAAAUUCCAGUGAACAGAGCUACACCUGCAUAGCUCAGAACCCCAUUGGCAAUUUAUCCUCCUCUGUCUCUGCCCAGAACCUCUGCAAAGGUGUUAAGAAAAAUCCACACCCAGAUAGCACAUGGAUUAUGAUUGUGGCUCUUGUGAUAGGCGUAGUCCUCAUUGUGCUGGUUUUACUCUUUGUUUGGAAAAGAAAAACAGGUUCCCAUUAUUUGUCUCCACGGCAAGGCCAGGGUCCUGCAGAGUCCAUGAGGAACACAGAGAAUGUUUCAGUCUCUCCAGCCAGCAGCACUGUGUAUGCUUCAGUCACUCAUCCCAACAGGGAAAAAGAAAUCCCAACACCUGUGAAAAACAAUGAUUCUGUCACAAUUUACUCCACGAUUAAUCAUUCCAAAGAGAAUAAACCCACUUUUCCCAGGGCAACUGCCCUUGACAAUGUCAUAUAAGUUGCUGAAAGGUCUCAAAGGAAUUCGGGAAUGACACAUCUACUGAUCCCAUGGAGAGGAUAAAGAGCAGAAAGCUUGAGUUUGUGCCUGGCAACAGAAUCUGAAAAUCUAGGAUUAUCACUUCCAGUCCUUCAGACUUGAACCUGCUUACCUGGGUCAUAUACCUAAGGAUAACAUCAUUUCCAGCAUGUGAUCUAAAUAUUUUCCAGUCCACGCAAGACCAAAACAUGCUUCAGAUAACACAACUGAGUGUUGACUUUCUCUUUGGUAACUGAGCAAAUGGAAUUAUGGUUGACAGAGAGAUUAUGGAUUUUGGAUUUUUGGAUUUGGU